AUGAGGAACCCCUGGCAGCACAUUCCCGUGGCUGAGUACGAUGAGCCUCCGCAGUGCAAGGCWGGGCAGGAUACGGUGCUGCAGGCCCCCGUCGACUGGCUGCUCCUGGACGGCCGGGAGAGCUCCGAUGACCACGGGAUUGUGCAGUACGAGUGGACUUUGCUGCAGGGUGACGCCUCCGUGGACAUGAAGGUGCCACAACCAGGAACGCUGAAGCUGUCCCGCUUGCAGGAGGGGCUCUAUGUUUUCCAGCUCACCGUGACGGACACGGCCGGCCAGCGCAGCUCAGAUAACGUCUCGGUGACGGUUCUGCCCAUGGUUCAUUCAGCAGGAGCCUGUGUCGGGGUUUGCUCUCGUUACCAGUUCAUCUGUGAUGACGGCUGCUGCAUUGACAUCACAUUUGCUUGUGAUGGAGUAAAACAGUGCCCGGAUGGAUCUGAUGAAACCUUCUGCCAGAACCUCAGCCCAGGGCGGAAGGCAGUGACACACGCAGCUCUUGGCACUACCCAGCAAAGGACCGGAGGGCUGACUGAAAACGCCCCUGAAAACUUCUCUGCAGACAACACCCUGAGGAGCCCCGCAAGAAACCAGCCGCUGCUCGCCCUYGAUGCAGACACGUCCAAUCAAUCGCUUUCUCAGGGACCAAAGAAACAAACCAGUGGAUUUGUGCCAGACAGCAGUUCCUCAGGGAGAAGAACCAACGAGAAACUUGGAAAUGGCCUAAUUGUGCCCAGGAGGGAUCCGCUGGGAGGCAGCCGCCCAGUCCCGGAAACAGGUGCCGUGCUGCCCUUGGCCCUGGGCCUGGCCAUCACCGCUCUGCUGCUGCUCAUGGUUGCUUGCAGGCUGCGUUUAGUGAGGCAGAAGCUUAAGAAAGCCCGACCCAUCACGUCCGAGGAGUCCGAUUACCUCAUCAACGGGAUGUAUCUCUGAACACUGGGGCCAGGCUGCUCGUUUCCCCCCUUCCCCCUGUAUCCACAAACCUCCGCCUCUAACAGAGGGCCAAGAUCUGUAGUUACAUUUUGAGCUUAGGGGAGGCCUGCGGGGUCGGCACCGCGCUCCUGCCCACGCGGUGCUGCCGCAGCAGCCGCCGCCGCGGGGUGGCUGCGCGGGAGGAACCAGCGGCGCUGCAGCCGAGGGGGGACCCUUGGGCAUCCCCUGCGCUGCCCCCUGCCCCGGGCACCCCGCAAACGCUGCCUCCUGCCCCCUCAUACCCCACGCGGGAACAGCUUCCUUCAAGGGUUUUGUUUUGUUGUGUUCUCCAAUUAAAAGCAAUCACUCUUUAAGCACCAGCCUUUUUUACAAAAUUYGGGGGUUAAGGAACAAAACAAAACACCUUUCUUGCCCUUCAUAGUUUUUAACCGUUAGUGCAGCCAACAGCUGCCCGUGCUGUCCGUGCUAAAUGGUGACGUGAGGAAGGGCGAUCCUCGGAGGAGGAGGGCUUGGGACCUGCCGGCCGCCCUGUGCCCAGAGCUCCUGGCUUGUGCGGCCUCUCCAGCCCUCGUGCCGCACGCGGGAGAGCAGCGGGAUGCGCACAGGGAGCGGGAAGGCGGCGCUCCCGAGCCGGUGCUGCUGGUGCUCUGGCCACAGGCCGUUCCCAUCCACAAGCCGUUCCCAUCCRCGGGCUGUUCCCGGCCGCGCCGCUCCAGCCUCGGUGCCCCGGGCAGCCUCGGCAGCUCGCCCCCGCUCUGCCCCAGCGCAAUUCUCCUAGAGUUAGAGCAGUAAUUGAUAUGUGUGAGUGAACUUCAGGUGUGUUAGCAGUAAAACGUGUACAGUACAUGUUAUAUAUACAGAUAUAUAUAUAUAUAUACGUACCAUGCUGUCUAUCUUGUUUGACURUCCAAGGCUGUCACGUUCGUCCAGGGUCGCAGUACGAAAGGAGCCAGGUGAGGCAUGCACCUCUUGUAUGCCAUCCUGUGUCCUCCAGUAACUUCAAGUCAGCUGGAGUACUGCCGUGGUAUACAGGUAGCUCAUCAAAAACAAACUUGCUCGGUCUUGAUGACCUUUAUGUAAAAUAGCUCUAAUAAACCUA